AAAGCGGUCGAAGAAGAGGAAAAMCAGGAAGUGGAGGGUUCACAGCAAUCAAAACAAAAACAUUUGGAGCUUGUCAGUCAUGUCCAUCUAAGGAAACAUUUAAAGUUUGCUUGAAUCAUGUAGAGUGGAUCAAGCCACGAACCGGAAACUGCUUUAGAACCCGUGGAUGGUUCCGUUCAGCCGGGACAGUUUAGCAUCUUAGCUUAGCGCUCCCCGUUUAUGGCGUCUUUAUCCGCGGGGCUCCAGCCGCUCGGCCCCGACCCAGCUGCAUCAUCCUCCGGAGCCAAGCCGCCUCUUCCUCGCCAGUACCCCCACUCUGCCGUCUCCACGCCGGGCUGCGUGAUGGCGGAGUCCGUGGACGACGCCGAGGGUUUGUACGUGGCCGUGGAGCGGUGUCCUCUGUGCACCACCUCCCGCCGCAGGCUCACCUGCGCCCGGUGCAUCCAGGCCGGAGACUUUGUUUACUUCGACGGGAGGAACACCGAAAGAUACUCAGAGAAAGUGGGGCGGCUGAAGAAGCUGAAGGAGGAGCAGGAGGAGCUGCAGCAAAGGAUUCUGCAGGUGAUGGGCCGGAGGCUGCAGACGGAUGAGAUGAAAUGGAAGAUCAUGUUGUGUAAGAUAAAGAUCGAGCAGCUGAAGGAGGCGGUCGGCUGUGGCAACGAGAGGGUGAAGAGCGACAGGGAGAUUCUCCUGCGCUCCCAGGAGGAGACCCUGMGGCUGCAGCGCCGAGCGGGACGCCACCAGGAGAAGAGGGACAAGAUCGAGCGCCACAACCGGCGUCUGGGGGAGCUGCUGGAGAAACGAGCCCAGGACCACCAGACCAGACUGGUCCAGCUGGCGGCCCUGAGGCGAGAACACAUCCUGGAGCUCAGCACGCACAUCUUCCCCACGCAGGAGGAGAAGCAGGGCAGCAGAGACCCUGCGGACGUGAUGGCAGAGUGUGACCCCGUCCUCACCUCCAGCACGGUGACGGAGCUGGCCGAGGCCCGGAGAACCACCUACCUGUCGGGACGCUGGAUCUGGGACGACCAGAACGGAGAGACCAGCRUCAGCAUCACGGGAGCCCCCGUCGUGUUGCCGAGCAACGGAGACUACUCCGCCUACUACAGCUGGGUGGAGGAGAAGAGUGCCAAUCCAGGUCCAGAACUGGACCACAUUAACCCCGCCCACACCAUCAGCGCCGCCCUCUGCUACGCCACGCAGCUCGUCACCAUCCUGUCUCACAUCCUGGAUGUCAACCUGCCCAAGAAGCUCUGCAACAGCGAGUUCUGCGGAGAGAACCUCAGCCGRUACCGCUUCACCAGAUCCCUGAGCAAACUCAACACCAACAUCCUGCACCUGUGCUUCUCGCAGCACGUGGACAGUGAUAAGCUCCACCCACACCACACUCUGAGGAACGUCAUGUUUCUGAUCGCUCCUGACAACAACAGCCUGGGCAGGACCGGCCCGUUUGAGGUGAGCGCUGACCUGGAGGAGUCCAUGGAGUUUGUGGAACCGGAGGCGUCGGGGCCGACGGAGGACAGCGGAGAUGAGGCGGUGACGGACGAGGAGACGGACCUGGGGACGGACUGGGAGACGGUGCCCAGUCCGCGGUUCUGUGACAUCCCCUCUCAGUCCAUGGAUCUUUCCCAGAGUGCACUGCAGGUGUCCCAGCCGUCCAGUAACCCUGGAGGGAUGAUCUCKUCUGCCGCUGCCUCCGUCACUUCCUGGUUCCGAGCAUACACCGGGCAGCGCUGAUCCAACCCCACCGUCUACUGGGUCGGGUCAGAGGAAACGGACCUUUUAUCUCAGAGGAGCUGGAUCAACAUUUCCUGUUGAUCCUUCACGAGGGUCGUCUUUAUCCAAGUUUUAUUUUUCGGACCUGUUGUCUCCGCAGACUGAGCACGAAUUAUUCUUUAGGCACGUGAGCGGUUCUUCUGGUGUUUAAUAAAGCUGUAGUUGUUGUGUGA